UCACAAGCCUUUACUCACAAAUUAAUAGAUGGAGAUGCAAAGCAAUUGCGACUUGGAACUUCGCCUUGUUACUCCUUAUGAAUCAAGCAGCUCUGAAAAUCCACAACCAAAGAAAGAAUCUCAGAUAUUAACCAUUUUCUACAACGGGCACAUAUGUGUUUCUUCAGAUCUUACCAGUCUCCAGGCAAAAGCUAUACUAUCACUAGCUAGUAAAGAUAUGGAAGAGAGAUCAUUAUCAUUGAAAAGCUCAGACGGCUCGGAUCCUUCAAUAAUUCCUAACAAAUUGACCCGACUUCAUCAUCAAAAGGCCUCUAUGAAGAGAUCUCUUCGUAGUUUUCUUCAGAAACGGAAUGUUCGGAUGCAGGCUUCUUGUCCUUACAACCAUUCUCCAUAACUCUGUUUAUCUUUCAGCUUUUCUCAUUUUAGACAUUAAGUUAGCACAUUUUUUUUGUUUAUAGGAUUGCUUUUCCUGCUGUCUUCUUUUUACAUAAUAUAAAGAACCGUGGUAGUUUAAGAG